CUAGAAAAAAACCCCUAGAAACUAGCAACUCCACCUUCAACCGAGAGGGGUCAGCAGAGAGCUUCUGGAUUUCAUAGAACCCGGAAGCUGCUGCCUUGUGACGUUUCCUCCCACUUCAGUCGCUGCGGUUUGUUUUCUUGGAACGUACCAAAAGCAAGAGGGGGGAGGACAGAAAAGAAGCAAAAGGAAAGAGGUGAAAAGCGGGGCCUGUUCAUAAACAGAAUAGGAGAGCGUCACACUAUAAUACCGACAUAUAUAUUUAAGAGGACGCAGAGGAAAGAAUAGUGUCAGCUUCUUCCGAAAAUAUAAAUGGAGGUUUGGGGUCUGUCCCCUCCCGUCCUGCUUCCGUUGGCCUGGUCCAAAGGUUAAGUUGUUCGCCCGGAGACGCAGCAAAAGUAGAGAGAAGGCUAGCUGUUUACCUUUGCAAAAGUCAAGAUGAACUGUCGCUCAGAGGUGCUGGAGAUAUCAGUUGAGGGCCGCCAAAUUGAGGAGGCCAUGCUGGCUGUUUUGCACACCAUCUUGCUCCAUCGCAGCACAGGGAAGUUCCAUUACAAGAAGGAAGGGACCUAUUCUAUUGGGACAGUUGGCACACAAGACGUUGACUGUGACUUCAUUGACUUCACCUAUGUCAGGGUCUCUUCAGAGGAACUUGACCGGGCAUUGAGAAAAGCUGUUGGGGAAUUUAAGGAUGCACUGCGGAAUUCAGGCAACGAUGGGAUGGGCCAGAUCUCCCUAGAGUUUUACCAGAAGAAAAAAUCACGAUGGCCCUUUUCGGAUGAGUGCAUCCCUUGGGAAGUUUGGACAAUCAAAGUGAACGUGGUGAGCCUAGCUAACGAACAGGAGCGACAGAUCUGUCGGGAGAAGGUGGGUGAGAAACUCUGUGAAAAAAUCAUCAACAUUGUGGAAGUGAUGAACCGGCACGAAUACCUGCCCAAGAUGCCUACGCAGUCUGAGGUGGACAAUGUCUUUGAUACAGGACUGCGGGAUGUCCAGCCCUACUUGUACAAGAUUUCUUACCAGAUCACUGACUCACUGGGAACCUCUGUCACUACCACCAUGCGGCGCCUCAUCAAAGACACCCUGGCACUUUGACAUCCAUGGGAUGCUGGAGCUGACAUUUUAGGGAAGCAACAUAAACAGCUGGCUUUUUGCUGUCACCAAGUCCCUAAACCAAACCAGCACUCCUCCUAGAAAAUCCAGGAGUGUCCUAUUCUGUUUCAUGAGCGCCACAACCACAAGACUGGAACUAGCUUUGUGCACUACACCUUGACAUCCCAGGCUCCCUCCCUCAUAAUAGGGAAUGAAAACUAGGAUUCCUCCUUCAGUCUUCUUUUUCAGUUGUCUUUGCUCCAUUAAAUGAACUCCACUGCAUAUCUUUAUAGGCAAAAAUGGAAUGAAUAUGUUGUGACUAUUUUCCUAAUGUAUUCUGUGUGAUAGUUCCAAGACUGGUGCUCAUCGUGAGCCCUAAAACUGAAGUUAGAUCAAAUGCCUUGAUUUCUUGAUUGUGGGAUCUUUUGCAAACAGGAAUCUACCAAGUUGGUAUUAUCUUCCAUGGAAAAAUGGGUGCAUUUCUUGCUGACAACUUACCCUUCUGUUCCUUGACCAGCUUCUGGCUUUAGGAUAAUUUAUCUGAUUAAACAACACUGUCCCUUGUGUAUAAGAGUUCCAGGGCAGUCAGGUAUAAAGGCCUUGGGAUCCACACUAUUCUUAUGGACCUUAGCUUCAGGAAAGAAAUAUUUCAGCAUGUCUCAAACCCAUGGUUCCUAUUCCUUAGGGGCAACUUGCAUUUUUAGAGGAGCUGAAGAUCCUCUAUGUCUUCUAUAUGUUUUUCCGUUGUAAAAUUGUGUAUUAAAAUAAUAUGAGAAUUAAAAACAAAGCCUAAAAACAUA